UCUGGACCGUGCUGUGUUUUCGGAGGUGACGGGCGCCGGGAGCCUGAGUUGUGUUGGCGCUCGGAGCGGAACGGGCAGCCUGCUGGCUCCAGAGAGCCGCUGUGGAGUGGUGCCUCUGCUUCAGUAUGAGCAUCCCUGAGGAGCUUUGUGUGUCAUCAGGACCUUGAGAGAGACACACAGACACACAACCUCUCUGUCUCUCUCUCUCGCUCGCUCUCUCUCUCUCACACACAGACACACACACACAUCCAGAGACUGCAGCAGACCUGGCAGACCUCUAAUCUCUAAAAGAUUGAUGAGGUCGUGUCCAGGCGCAGGAGGCCUGGCUCUGUGUCGAUAACGCAGCUUUCAUUUCACCACAUUUUGUCCCUCCCUUCCUCUUUUCUUCUCCUCCUUCCCUCCAAACUGAUGAACGUGGGGGCCGGCUUUGAAGCGUGAGAGAGGAUUAUGGCGCCUCGAGCCCGCUGGGUGAAAAGGACAGUGUUUUAAGAAACAGGAGCCAUGAAAUGCUCUGCCUGUUCCCACCACCCGGGAUAAGACAGCGCCAUUUUCCUCUGUGGCUCCGCAGCGGCUAUGCCAGUUGUGCACGAGGCCGAAGUCGCUAUGUCACCGCCAAGCCGCCGGAGCUGGACCGUAGUGAAGCUGAGGAGGGAAGCUCACAGCUGAGAGUAGCUUCACCCAGAGAGACACACGUGACUCCGUCCUCCCAAACACACACUCAGUCAGAGCGUGCUCAGGCAGGACAAUGUGCAACAUCACUUUCUGUGAUGUGGACAGUAAGGUGGACCAGUUCUUCCAGCCCACGCUCUACAUCAUAGUCAUCGUUCUGGGUCUGCCCACCAACUGCAUGGCCCUGUGGGCUGCCUACAUGCAGGUGCGCCAACGUAACGAGCUCGGCAUCUACCUGAUCAACCUGUCGGUGGCCGACCUCCUCUACAUCACCACUCUUCCUCUGUGGAUCGACUACUUCCUGCAGCACGAUGACUGGAUCCACGGUCAGGAGAGCUGCAAGCUGUUUGGCUUCAUCUUCUACACUAACAUCUACGUCAGCAUCGCCUUCCUCUGCUGCAUAUCGCUGGACAGGUACCUGGCUGUGGCGUACCCCCUGCGCUUCGCCAAGGUCCGACGGGUCAAAACAGCUGUCCUGGUCAGCAUGUUGGUCUGGAUCAUUGAGAUCGUAGCCAACUCUGCUCCUCUCUUCCACGACGAGCUCUUCCAGGAUCGAUUCAACCACACCUUCUGCUUCGAGAAGUAUCCCAUGCAGGACUGGGUGGCUGGAAUGAACCUCUACCGAACAUUUCUGGGCUUCCUAGCUCCCUGGACAGCCAUGCUGGUCGCCUACCGUGGGAUCCUCGUGGCGGUGCGCUGCAAUGUGUCAACGGAGCGUCAGGAAAAGGCCAAAAUUCAGCGGCUGGCACUGAGCCUCAUCCUGAUUGUUUUGCUGUGUUUUGGGCCGUACCACGUCCUCCUCCUCUGGCGGAGCAUCAUGUUUCUGAGGAAGCCUUGUGACUGCGGUUCGGAGGAGAGCUUGUUCGCGGCGUACCACGUCUCGUUGGCUCUGACCAGCCUCAAUUGCGUCGCCGACCCCAUUUUGUACUGUUUUGUCAAUGAGGGGGCCAGGCAUGACGUGGGACGAGCCCUCUCUGCACUCUUGGCUGCAGCCUGCCACAGGGGCUCCUCGUCCUCGCCAUCGCAUGCCGACAUCCUCAACGCCGGCUCAGUGACCAUGGAAACACCCCUUUCUGCAAAGAAGCAGCCCUGUGUGUAUGGAGACGGAGGCAAGACAAGCAGCUACAAGACAGAGCUGGUGGCUCUAAAGGAGGAAUGUCUACAGAUGACCAUCCUCAGUGUGAGGAAAUGACCUUUGAGCAACAGCUUGAAGACUGUAGCUCAAUGGGUAGAGCUCGGCACCAACACUGCCAGGGUUUGAUUCCCACCAGGGUCAAACAGGCUAAAGAUGUUUGCACUCAUGGUACUGUAGGGUGCUUUGGCUUAAAGCUUCCACCAAACGGCAAAUCCACUCCCACGCCACAGAGUGGGGCUGAGACAUCAAGGAUCUAUGAAGGAACACGACUUUGAAAUGUCGACAGGGCAAAUGUAAUGAUUUUGUUUUGUUCUGUUUUGCAUGACGGAUCGUAGGACCGUUUCAGAACAUCCCAUCCCAUUCCAAAAUAGAAAGAGAUCUUCCAUAAAGCCAAUUUUUAAGUAUUUAAGUGGAGUUAUUUAAAUGAACUGCCCUCUUUAUGGCUAUGAAUGUUGGAAGAGGUCCAACAGGGAGAUACAAAACCCCACAGACCAAGGGGGGGAGACUGGGCCUCCAGAGAGUUGGGAUUUGAGCCCCAACAGCACCAGAGUGGAAUAUGGGAAAAAAGCAGAGAGUUGGUUAAAAAAAAAAAAAAAAAAAAAAAAAAAAAAAAAAAGGA